CAAAAAACCACAUAGCCCUGGUCAAUUUUUCUCCACUCCAUUUUCAAUUCAGUUUAGAAGUCACACCCGAAGAUCCUGUUCGCUAAAGACAAAUGGCGGUGCCUACGGUGAUCAUGGAGGUUGAAAACGAUGGCGUUGCGAUCAUCACCAUCUCCAAUCCUCCUGUUAACGCUUUAGCCCUCCAAAUUUUUGAAGGGUUAAAGCAAAAGUUUGCUGAGGCAAUGAGAAGAAAUGAUGUCAAAGCUAUCGUUCUUACUGGCAAUGGUGGGAAAUUCUCAGGUGGCUUUGACAUCAAUGUAUUUGAAAUGAUACACAAAACUGGAGACCUUUCUAUCUUACCAGAUGCAUCUGUUGAUCUUCUCGUCAAUGUGAUAGAAGAUGCGAAGAAGCCUACUGUUGCAGCCAUAGCUGGACUUGCACUUGGAGGUGGCUUAGAGCUGGCUCUGGCUAGCCAUGCACGCAUUGCUGUGUCUAGAGCUCAACUUGGUCUGCCAGAACUAAGCCUUGGAGUUAUUCCUGGAUCUGGUGGCACACAACGUCUUCCAAGGCUUGUAGGGCUACCAAAAGCUGUUGAAAUGAUGCUGUCAUCUAGACCAAUAAUGUCGGAAGAAGGAAAGGAAGUAGGUCUUGUUGAUGCAAUUGUACCUUUGGAAGAAUUGCUGAAAGUAUCUAAGCAAUGGGCAUUAGACAUUGCUGCGAGGCGCAAACCAUGGAUACGCUCUCUUCAUGCGAUGGAUAAACUUGGCUCCCUGUCUGAAGCGCAUGACAUAAUAAAGAUGGCCAGACAACAAGCCAAACAGACCGCCAAAAAUAUGCCUCAGCACCUAGCAUGCCUAGAUGUGAUUGAAGAAGGAAUCAUUCACGGAGGAUAUAUUGGAGUGCUAAAGGAGGCGAAAGUGUUUAAAGAGCUUGUAGCAUCUGUCACUUCAAAAGCUCUUGUUCAUAAUUUUUUUGCCCAAAGGGCAACUGCAAAGAUUGUGUGGUUGAAAAUAGGAGAGAGAAAAAUGAAAUGUAAUGGAAUUGAAAUUGAUUGGGGGGGGGGGGGGGGGGGAGGGCUAAUGGGAUCUGGCAUAGCUACAGCUCUUAUUUUGAGCAAUAUUUACGUCGUUCUCAAAGAAAUCAAUUCUGAGUAUCUUCUCAAGGGGAUAAAGACUGUAGAAGCGAAUAUCCGAGAUCUGUUAUCUAGAAAAAGGUUGGCACAGGAUAAUGCGGAUAAAGCCCUUUCAAUGCUAAAAGGCGUUAUAGACUACUCCGAGUUUAAGGAUGUAGAUUUGGUCAUUGAGGCUGUUAUUGAAGAUGUUCCACUAAAACAGAAAAUAUUUAGUGAAAUUGAGAAGGCAUGCCCUCCACACUGUAUAUUAGCUUCCAACACGUCUACUAUUGAUCUCAAUGUAGUAGGAGAAAAGACCAGAUCUCAAGAUCGGAUUGUGGGUGCACAUUUUUUCAGUCCUGCCCAUGUAAUGCCUCUCCUGGAGAUUGUGCGGACAGAGAAGACCUCUCCUCAAGCAAUUCUUGACCUAAUGGCGGUUGGGAAGACCAUAAAGAAAGUUCCUGUCGUGGUUGGAAACUGUACUGGCUUUGCUGUUAAUAGAACCUUCUUCCCAUACUCUCAAGGUGCACAUAUUUUGGUUAACUUGGGGGUGGACGUGUUCAGAAUCGACCGGCUCAUAACCGAAUUUGGCCUUCCUUUGGGCCCAUUCCAGCUUCAGGAUCUAGCAGGAUAUGGAGUAGCUGUCGCAACAACGAAAGAAUUUGCUUCUUACUUUCCUGAUCGUACCUUCCACUCUCCAUUGGUUGAACUUCUUAUGAAAAAUGGGAGAAAUGGUAAAAAUAAUGGAAAAGGAUACUAUAUUUAUAAGAAAGGAAGCAAGCCAAAACCUGAUCCUUUGGUAUUACCAAUAGUAGAGGAAUCUAGGAUGCUCACCAAUAUAAUGCCCAGUGGAAAGCCUAUUAUUGUCACUGACCAGGAAAUUGUCGAGAUGAUACUUUUUCCAGUGGUGAACGAGGCAUGUCGUGUUUUGGAUGAGGGCAUAGUAAUCCGAGCAUCUGAUCUUGAUGUAGCAUCUGUUCUCGGCAUGAGUUUCCCUUCUUAUAGAGGCGGUAUUAUUUUCUGGGCUGACUCCAUCGGGGCUGACCAUGUAUAUCAAAGUCUCAAGAAGUGGUCACAAGUAUAUGGUAACUUCUAUAAACCGUCGUCGUUUUUAGAAGAAAGAGCAUUGAGAGGCAUUCCUUUAAGCGCGCCAGCUUCAUCACCUUCAGCAUCAAGAUCACGCUUGUAGGCUGUGCAUAUCCAAACGUUUAGCUCAAAUACUGAGGGUAAAAUAAAUCUCCGUACCAUUUGCCAAAUUAAUGAAUAAAACUUUUCCAGUAGCACUGGCAAUAUUGAUGAGCAUUUGAAUAAACACAAAUCUCUCUCGCAAAAUCCAUGUCUCAAAGAUGUGGUUUGACUUUGAUAUAAUUUUUCGGUGAGAAAUGAUAUUAGCUUCUAUGAAUUAAAAUUGCAUGUUUGGUACAAGGUAGCCUGGCUCCCUCAAGGGAACCAUUGAAUAGAAAUAAGGAAUUUAUCAUUUCACAAUGUGAUUUAUUGAGCAACUCUUGAUUAGGAUCACCAAAUACAACUGCACAUUUCAUUUCA